AUGGCGUCGCAAGGGACUGGCUACGACCUCUCCGCAAGCACGUACUCGCCGGAUGGGCGCAUCUUCCAGAUUGAGUAUGCCGUCAAGGCAGUCGAAAACGCAGGCACGGCGAUCGCCGUGCGUACGAAGGACGGCGUCGUGUUCGGCGUCGAGAACCUCGUGCACUCGAAGCUCAUGGUGCCUGGCUCUCACAAGCGCAUCUUUGGCGUUGACCGGCAUGCGGUGCUGACCUCUGCAGGCCUGAUCGCGGACGGCAAGCACCUCGCGAACCGCGCGCGCGACGAGGCGAACAACUUCUUCGAUACAUACAAGCAAAAAGCGCCGAUCAAGACGAUUGCGGAGCGUCUCGCGCUCUACGUCCAAGCGUUCACACUUUACUCUUCGGUCCGGCCAUUUGGCGCGUCGGCCAUUGUCGGCGGCGUUGAUGCGGAGCGCGGCCCGCAGCUCUAUGUGAUCGAGCCGAGCGGCAUGGUUCUCGGCUACCACGGCUGCGCCGUCGGUAAGGGCAAGCAGUUUGUCAAGACAGAGAUUGAGAAACUCGCCUUGGACGAGCUCAGUAUGGAGCAGGCCGUCGACGAAGUGGCUCGCAUCAUCUACAAGGCCCACGACGAUGCCAAGGACAAGGAGUUUGAGCUCGAGCUCUCAUGGGUCCGCGCAGAUGGGCGACAUGCGCCGGUGCCGGCCGAGCUACGAGACGAGGCGAUUCGAAAGGCACUCCAGUCACUGGACGACGAAAUGGAAGAUUAG